AUGACUACCAACAUGAAGAAUGACCAAGACGACAUCGCCAUCCCCCAGGAUUACGACCUAUCCACGCCUAUAUCCUCGACCUCAGGUCUUCGACAAGGCCUGACCUCAUACGGCGAUGCGCACUUCUCCCUCUUCCUGCGCAAAGUCUUCGUCAAAGCCCUAGGAUACUCAGAAGACGCGCUCUCAAGACCCAUAAUCGGAAUCAUCAACACUUAUUCCGGAUUCAACCCAUGCCACGGGAAUGUACCGCAACUCAUCGAAGCUGCGAAGCGAGGCAUUCAGUUUAAUGGCGGCCUGGCGGUUGAGUUCCCGACCAUCAGUGUGCAUGAGUCGUUCUCACACCCGACGAGCAUGUUUCUGAGGAAUCUGAUGAGUAUGGACACUGAGGAGAUGAUCCGCGCUCAGCCCUUGGAUGCAUGUAUCAUGAUUGGAGGGUGCGAUAAAACUGUUCCCGCGCAGCUGAUGGGCGGCAUCUCUGCCAAUAAGCCUGUUCUUCCUCUAAUUACUGGACCGAUGAUGCCUGGGAGUCAUCGCGGGAAAAGGAUAGGCGCUUGCACGGAUUGCCGAAAUAACUGGGCCGCGUUCCGUGCUGGGGAGAUUGAUAUCGAGGAAAUCUCGGAAAUUAAUGAGGAACUUGCUCCCACGAUCGGAACAUGCGGCGUCAUGGGAACUGCCAGCACGAUGGCCUGUAUCACCGCUGCCCUUGGAAUGAUGCCUUUACGCGGAGCAUCUGCACCGGCCGUUUCAUCUGCAAGAGCUCGAGUUGCUGAAGAAACAGGCGCCAAUGCCGUAAAGGCAGCGCACAGCAAGUGGAAGCCGCAGGAUAUUCUGUCGAAGGAAUCCUUCUUGAACGCUAUCACUGUUCUGCAAGCAAUUGGCGGCUCGACGAAUGCAAUAGUGCACCUGAUGGCCAUUGCAAAUCGACAUCCCAAAGUCCAGGGCGUGAUAACCCUACAGACAUUUGAAGAGGUUGGACGCAAGACACCACUGCUAGUCGACCUGAAACCCAGCGGCGACAAAUACAUGACUGAUUUCCAUAAUGCUGGGGGCAUGUUAGCGCUCUUGCAUGCCCUUCGACCUCUUCUUCACCUAUCAGCCAUGACAAUUACCGGCCAAACACUAGGCGAGCUUAUAGAUGCCUCGCCAUUCCGAGAAUUUCCCCUAUCCCGACAAAUUAUCCGACCACUGUCGAAUCCUCUUUACCCAUCCUCAUCGCUGAUAGUGCUGCACGGGAAUAUAGCGCCCAACGGCGCGAUAAUGAAGGCAUCUGCGUCCAAAGAUCGCGACCUGCUUACACAUACCGGGCCGGCAGUCGUCUUCGAGAACUCCGCCGACCUUGCAAAACGGAUUGACGACCCAGAUCUCGAUGUCAUGGCAGACUCAAUCCUUGUCCUCAAGAGCAUAGGGCCGAUUGGGAACCCCGGGAUGCCAGAGGCAGGACUCCUACCUAUUCCGCGUAAACUCGCCGCCGCAGGAGUAAAGGACAUGCUUCGCAUUUCAGACGGUCGAAUGUCGGGCACUGCUGGAGGAACGAUCAUCCUGCACGUAUCGCCGGAGUCGGCGGUGCCAGAAUCACCGUUUGGCAUUGUCCAGACAGGCGACGUAAUUUCCUGCGAUGUAGAUGCUAGAAAACUGCACCUGGAAAUCUCAGACGAAGAGUUAAAGGAGCGAGUUAAGGACAGAAAAGCGGCGGCGGCUGCUGCGGAGAAGCCGAGGCAGAGGGGUUAUCGGGGGCUGUAUGAGCGGUCGGUCAACCAGGCACAGGAUGGGGCGGACUUUGAUUUCCUUACGGCGGAUGGCGGAUCAAGAAAUUAA